CUUAAUUGUGCUGUUUUGUUUUUUUUUUUUCAGGAUGGCUGUCUAUGCAAAUAUACUGCAUCUUGAGUACAGUUGAAUUGUUACGUAAAUUAAAAUAUUUCUCUUAUCAGAAUUGAAAUGCUUUCAAUGGGAACUUCUGCUGCUGUUACCUUGACUCUUCUGAAGACUUACUUUGUUGCGUGGCUUAAAAGAAGAUGAUACUGUUAAUGAAUUGUGAACAUCCUUCAGGAGGCUGGCUACCCUUGAGUGGUUGGUUAAUGCUGUCAUGGACAACUUCAAAGGCUCUAUUUCAAAACACCACAAGCUGUUAUUGCACCUUAUAAAGGACUCCUGACCUUUUGCAUCUUCGUGAGUCAUAUCUAGAUGCCACCAGUGUUUCCCAUGUUAACAGUUCUGAGCAUGUUUUACUAUAUGUGCCUUCGGCGCCGAGCUAGGACAGCUACAAGAGGGGAGAUGAACAGCCGGAGGGCUAUUGAAUCAAACACCCGAGCCUUACCUAUCAAUGUUGAGAUAGUUCAGUAUGCCAAAGAAGUGUUGGAUUUCAGCUCUCAUUAUGGUAGUGAAAACAGCAUGUCUUAUACCAUGUGGAAUCUGGCAGGUAUUCCAAACGUGUACCCUAGCUCUGGUGACUUUACUCAGACUGCCGUGUUUCGAACUUAUGGGACCUGGUGGGAUCACUGUCCUAGCGCUCGGCUGCCGUUCAAGAGGACUCCAACCACCUUCUGUAGCCAGGACUAUGUGGAACUUGCUUUUGAGGAGCCAGUGUAUCCCACUGCAGUGCACAUUCUGGAAACGUAUCAUCCUGGAGCUGUAGUUAGGAUUUUGGCAUGCUCUGCAAAUCCUUAUUCGCAAAACCCACCAGCUGAAGUAAGGUGGGAAGUCCUCUGGUCUGAGGCACCUACAAAAGUGAAUGGUCCCCAGGCUCGGCAGUUCACGCCUAGUAUCAAACAAAUCAACUUUCCCACAAAUCUAAUUCGGCUGGAAGUGAACAGUUCUCUUCUGGACUAUUACACUGAAUUAGAUGCAGUAGUACUACAUGGUGUGAAAGAGAGACCUGUGCUCUCACUUAAGGCUUCAAUGAUUGAUAUGAAUGAUAUUGAUGAAGAUGAGGAUGAAGAGAAGUAUGGCUGUGGAAUGGACACUCUUAAUAAACAGUUCAGCAUUGUUGCCCUCAGAGAAUGGCCAAGUAAUGGAUACUUUGAUAAGCUGCCUUAUGAGGUAAGAAAAUCAUGUUUACACUUAAUACGGUUGUCUUGAUAAUUGAGUGCAAAG